AUGAAGCAAAGGGUGUUCAUAAUGCAUGUUGCUGACAACGACAAACAAUCGAACUCUCCGUUAUCCAAAGUAUCAACUGCUGACAUGAAAUCGUCUAUUGCUAUGUCUAUCAGCAAUAUUUGGUCUGGUGACUAUGAGUCACUAUCUGCUCUAGAUGGUAGUCUUGGAGGUUACCUAAUGGUGGAGGAAGAGAGAAUCAAUUAUGUAAUUUAUAGAUAUUCGAAGAAUAAAAGAGAACCGGGUUCGUUUUCCGCUUCCAAUGCCGAGGCUAUUGAAAUAAACAGUUUUCUUGUUGAAGUCCUCGAUACUGAAAUCCCAAACAAUAUGAUAGGCUCAUGUUUUUCGUUCUUUUAUAACGGACCUUCAGCUGUUUAUGUUAAACUUGUCGAGGCUGAAAGUGGCCGUACUUUUAAUGACGUUGCUUGUGAAUGUAUAAUAGAAUGGGACGUCUAA